CCCCCCUAUGGGCCCCGGCUGAGGCGCCGCCGCCGGCCGCGGAGCCCCGAUGCUGGCCCGGAGGAAGCCGGUGCUGCCGGCGCUCACCAUCAACCCCGCCGCCGCCGAGGGCCCGUCCCCGACCAGCGAGGGCGCCUCCGAAGCAAACCUCGUGGACCUGCAGAAGAAGCUGGAGGAGCUGGAGCUGGACGAGCAGCAGCGGCGGCGGCUGGAGGCCUUCCUCACGCAGAAGGCCAAGGUCGGUGAGCUCAAGGAUGAUGACUUCGAGAGGAUCUCGGAGCUGGGGGCCGGCAACGGUGGCGUGGUGACCAAAGUCCGGCACCGGCCCUCGGGCCUUGUCAUGGCCAGGAAGCUGAUCCACCUGGAGAUCAAGCCGGCCAUCCGGAACCAGAUCAUCCGCGAGCUGCAGGUCCUGCACCAGUGCAACUCGCCGUACAUCGUGGGCUUCUACGGCGCCUUCUACAGCGACGGCGAGAUCAGCAUCUGUAUGGAGCACAUGGACGGCGGCUCCCUGGACCAGGUGCUGAAGGAGGCCAAGAGGAUUCCGGAGGCAAUCCUGGGCAAAGUCAGCAUCGCGGUCCUGCGGGGCCUGGCCUACCUCCGGGAGAAGCACCAGAUUAUGCACCGAGACGUGAAGCCCUCCAACAUCCUGGUCAACUCCAGGGGCGAGAUCAAGCUGUGCGACUUCGGGGUCAGCGGGCAGCUCAUCGACUCCAUGGCCAACUCGUUUGUGGGGACACGGUCCUACAUGUCUCCGGAGCGGCUGCAGGGCACGCACUACUCCGUGCAGUCGGACAUCUGGAGCAUGGGCCUGUCCCUGGUGGAGCUGUCCAUCGGCCGGUACCCCAUCCCCCCGCCCGACGCCAAGGAGCUGGAGGCCACGUUCGGCCGGCCCGUGGUGGACGGCGCCGACGGAGAGCCCCAGAGCACCUCGCCACGGCCGCGGCCCCCUGGACGCCCCGUCAGCGGUCACGGGGUGGACAGCCGGCCGGCCAUGGCCAUCUUCGAGCUGCUGGACUACAUUGUGAAUGAGCCGCCUCCCAAGCUGCCCAGUGGGGUGUUCACCGCCGACUUCCAGGAGUUUGUAAAUAAAUGCCUCAUCAAGAACCCGGCGGAACGUGCAGACCUCCAGAUGCUCAUGAACCACGCCUUCAUCAAGAGGUCCGAGGUGGAAGAAGUGGACUUCGCGGGCUGGCUGUGCCGGACGCUGCGGCUGCGGCAGCCCAGCACGCCCACGCGCGUGGCCGUGUGAGGCGGCCGCGUCCCCCCCCCCCCCCCCCGCGCUGGCUCCGUGAGGGGCCACUGCUCGCCGUGGUCUGGAACCUGCCCACUUGGGGUCUUACCGAAACAGGCAACGGAACAGCA